CAUCAAGAAGAAGAGAAGAAUAAGCGUAGAACUGUUGUUGACGAAACGCUGCGACAUAAUCAUAUCGGCGUUUUGAAGUCUCCCACUUCUCUUCUAGGUGAAUUUCACCAUGAAAUUUAAUUGACAGUCGACGAAUAUGCAGUCUUACUCUUCCGGUUUGGAUCCCUUAGUGAGCGUGAGAUUACAAGAUGUAGUCUUGCAGUGAAGAUGUGACAGGAUUGGUGGUUCAGGAGGAUUAAUCUGGUUUUGAGUGGAUCUUAACUAGUUGAAAAAGUUGCCAUGGCUACUGCAGUUGACAUCAGUGAAAGGGGAGUAGUUAAGCAGGAGAAUUCAGUCUUGGAAACUUACUGGGAUCCCUUUCAAAAAUCCACAAAGAAUGACAUUCCAUUACUUGUGUUACACGAGCUUGCAGGACAUGACAAUAAAGUCUAUGAUGUGGAUGAAAAUGUCAGUAUAAAGAGUGAGAACCUAAGUGAUUGUGAUUAUGAGGACUCUUAUGACGAUCUAGAUGACUUUGGUGAAGAUGUAAAAGAUCCUCUGUUCAUUCAUGAGGAUGAAACGUUUGAUGAUGAUGUCCCAGGGUAUGGUGACAUCAUAAAACCACCAAAUGAUGAAAGGAACCAAAAGAAAGACAACCCAGUUAUUAACCUUUCCGAACUGACUGCAAAGUCUCAAAGUGGAAAGAAAGAGGCUUUGAAGAGAAAGAGGAAUGGCAAUUUUUGUGCUCAGAAUGGUAGGCAGCCAUGUAAAACAGUCAGUAAUGAACAAAGCAAAGAAAAGCUUGUGGAUUUGGAGCCUGUUAGAAAAUCACAAAGAAAGAUUAAGAAGAAUGUCAUCUUCUUUGAUUCAUACUUUACAUAUACAAGUGAUAUGUUUGAGAAUAGUGGCCCAUCACUAGUCAAGGGCCAGUUACCGGUGAAUGGUAGUUUAGCUACGGACAAGACAACCAAAAAUAAAGCUGGAACCAUUAGUGAAAAGUUGAAGAAAGAGUGUUAUAUUAGUGAAGAGAGAGGUGAAAAGAAGGAAGCUAAUGUAAAAGCAAAAACUGUUGCAAAGACACAAGUGCUGGAUGGUAAAGUAGAAGGGAAAGCUUAUGCAAAAUUGAAGACUGUAACUAGGAAAAUCAAGAAGCCUGUUGAUAAAAAGAAACUGAAAAACAACAACUGUCCCAAUUCUGUGUCUGGUGGAAAGAAUAGCUUUGUGGAACAUGGAAAUGAUAAAAAGAUUCCAGAGGCUUCUUUACUGAAACGAAAAAAGAAAAAGAUUCCCCAAAAUCUGCAGAGUUCUUCUGUUAGUACAGAUGAACCAGAGAUUCCAGUAAUGCAGUUUGCUGAGAACACUUUGAAGGUAGAUAAUGAAAGUAAGAGUAUCAUACCCAAAAUCACGGGUGAGGCAAACAAAGCUCCCCGAAAGUUACGAUUAAAAACCUAUUUCUGUGAGUAUUGUCCUGAAUCUUUCUCGACAUCGUAUUACCUGAAGUUGCACAUCAUGCACCAUACAAAUGAAAAACCCUACAAGUGUGAUAUUUGUAACAAAGCAUUCAGGAUGAGGUGGCGUGUCAAAGUACAUCGUGUGAUACACGAGGAGAUCAAGCCCUUUGCAUGUAAAGUUUGUGGUCAUAGAACCUGUCGGAAAGACAAUUUAACCUCCCACUUGAAACGUGUGCAUAAUACUCCACUUGAACAGAUAGAACUCUUUAUCGACGACGUUCCCGUUGCUAAAGUCGAGAGGGAGGAGAGGAAACUUUUCUCGUGUAACAUUUGUCCCAGCAAGUAUACUCGCAGAGAUAACCUGGUUACGCACCUUAGGGUUAAACACAAUCUGUCGAUGUCAGAUGCUGAUGCAACCACCAGUGACGAACUUCCCAGGAAGAUAUCAGGCCGCGUUCGGCCAUACUCUUGUACGCUUUGUCGUCGUCAUUUCACAAAUAAGAAAAAUGGCUUCGCUCACCUGAAACUUUAUCAUCAUUUGUCACCUCACGAAAUUGAAUCAUGUCUUGUUUAUGAGGAAGGUUCUGAAAAGCUUUAGCCCAGCUUAGUGGAAGCUAUGGUUUUAUAUAUAGUACAUAGUAUAUGAAGUAUAUAAGUUGUGGUUUACUGUACUGUUAUUUUAUUAUGAAUUGAUAAUUGGCUUUUGAAUUACUUGCAGAGAAAUUCAUAUUUCAUUAUUCUAUGGAAAGCUUCUUAUUUAACUUUUUUAACAUAUCUGUAAAACAGCUUGAAUUUUUCAUGUUUCAAGGUAUGUAAUAUGAUCUAAAUGUGAUUUAGGUUUUCAGUGCCUGUGUAUAAAUUUAUGUUCAGAGUUCUUUUGGGUAUUAUAAAUAUUAGGGUCACUGGGGUUUAGGGAAUUAAGGAAUCUGUCUUGUCAUACUUGCAGUUCUGACUUGCAGUUCUGGGACUUAUCAAACAACAGGGAAAAAUUAUUUAGAAAAAUCUAUAAUAGGCAAAAAUGACUUACUUCCAAAGUGAAGUAUUAUAAUUUUGGUCUAGAUGUGACGUGUUGUUACUAUUUUGAUGUGUUAGCUAAUUAAGCUUCAAAGUUACUCUAUUGUCUUAUUUCAAAUAAAAAAAAAAGCUGCAAUUUGAGUUGUUAAUUGCAGUUUGCUUGUUAAACAAGAUUCCACUGAUAAAUUUACUCAGUAUCAGAAAGGAUUAUCGUUACAGUUGACUCCCCGCCUAUUCAUUGUUGAGCAUUUGCGGUUUCACCUAUUCACAGAUUUUACUUUGGAAUGAAUCUCCAAGUUAUUUGCAAAAAAAAAUUGACUAUUUACAGUUUUUUCUUUGGAAUGAAUCUCCAAAUUAUUCGCAAAAAAAUUGACUAUUCACAGAAUUUACCUUGGAAUGAAUCUCCAAAUUAUUUGCAAAAAAAUUGACUACUCACAGAUUUUUUCAGUAAUUACAGUAAUUUCAUAUUAGUUUUGUGACUGUAGUAUUUAUUGUUUGAACUAUUAAAACAGGCAGUUAUAAAUAUUUUUAGAGGUUGGUCUUUGGUGUUUAAACUAUUAAAAUAACAGUUACACGCUGUACGAGCCUUGUUAUGCGGGGUGGGGUUAAGUAUUCGCAAAUUUUAGCCAUUUUCGGGUGGUUGUGGUCCCUAUCCUCCCCAAAUGGAUAGUGGGGGUUGACUGUAUUUAUAUUUCCACAAAAAAUCCAUCGUGAUAUUGUUUUAUAAAAGUACUUGUGUAAAUAAUUUUAAAGUAACCUAAAAAAAAACAAUAACAGAGAUGGUGAUUGUAAACCUCUAGGUGGCACAACUGUCAUUGGAUAUGAUUACUUAUUUUAGAACGAAUAAUUGCUUGAUUUGUAAAUUUUAGAAUGAAUAAUUGCUUGAUUUGUAAAAACCUGUUCACUGGUCCAAAAGAAAUUAUAUGUAUUGUAUUUUAUUGAGCUGCAGACUUGUUUUUGUGUAAAAGUAAAUAUUCCAUUGUAUAGAAAGAA